CUGGUAGGAAACGUGCCGUUCCAUCGCCAGGUCGGGGCAAUCCAGUUGCAGGGUCAGGCCGUUGGAGACGAUGAUCUCGUACUCUUUCCGUAACUCCUCCGCCAGCGCAAGGACGUAAUCCUCGUGGCUGUCGUAGUACCGGUUGCCGAGGGUCAGAGCGACGAUGCCGGGAGACGCGGCGGUCAUGAACAGCUCUUCAGGACGGUCAUCGGCGGCGUCCACCGCGUCGAGCAGUUGCCGGCAUUCCCGUUCAACCAGGUCCAGCCGGUCGUAGUUGAGCGGCCCAAUGCAAGUUGGCACGUCGCGCAUCAGCUGCACGACACGGGGGCGUGCCACCGCGGGAAAUUCGUUCUGGUCGCGGUGGCCGCGGCGGGUCCAGGAGCCGCCGAAGCCGGACAUCCGCUGCGUGACGUAGGUGGAGAAGCUGAUGCGGGAUUGCUCGCCGUUGUUGAUAACGUCAACGCCGGCGUCCAAUUGCGCCGCCACGACGCCGGCGGUGGCCUCCCGGGCGGCAACCUCCAGCGUCGUCGGGACGACCGCUUCGCCGCGCGACACGGAGGCCAGCAUGCCCACCAGUUCCUCGGGACGGGGGAGGCUGCCGGUAUGGGUGGUGAGGAUACGGUUUUCGCUGCGCUUCAUUGGAGGGUACACCCGGGGCGGGUAGGGUUGUGAUGGCGUUUCCGACCAUACCACGAGCCGGACGCGUCGGCCUCCGAAACCGGUAGGUGUACGGAAGAAGGGUCCGAGUCCGGUUUCCGAUGAGUUCAGUUUCCCGGAAAGACGCCGGAGAGGGGAUUUGUGACGAAAAGAGACGGUGUUGCCGGUUGCCCAAUCGGGUUACGCCGAAUAUUAUAUCUUGGCGCGGUUAGUGAAAGCGCAAAAGCAACGAUACUCUCAAGCAUAACGGAGUGAGAAAUGGCAGUUGGAAGCACUUACAAGGUAGUCGAGCUGGUGGGAUCCUCCAGCGAAAGCCUACAAGAAGCCAUUGACGGGGCAAUCGCCCGGGCGGCCCAGACCAUCCGCAACCUGGACUGGUUCGAGGUGCGGGAGAUCCGCGGCACCAUCGACGACGGACACGCCAACUGGUACCAGGUCAAGAUGGGCCUGGGGUUCCGAGUGGACGGCGGUGAAGAUAUCCGCGAAGACUAG